GCUGAGGGAUAAAAUUAUAGGAGUGAAAAUGGCUUUUGAAUUUACAGUUAUGAAAAUUGUGUAUAGCUGCUUAAUAUAUUCAAAUUCGACAACAGCAAAAUGAUAUCAGAAAUUUGGAACAUACAGUGGAAAUACUCAAUUCUAUUAUUUUAGAAACUGAGUCUGGUAAAAAACAAGGGGAGUCUCCUUCAAGACUUCAUACCUUUAUCAAGACAUUAGAGGAGGGCAAAGAUUAUUAUAAAAGUGAAGCUGAGAAUCUGAAGAAGAUGUUCCGAAAUAGAUCAUCAAGUCCUAAGCACAAACCUACUUGUGGUAGCACAUCAAAACGUACUUCACCCAUCCAGGGCAUAAAUUCAGAUCCAGAAGUCCUGAAACUCUUGCGAGAACGUGAAGAACUUAAGACAAUGCUUGAAAAAUAUGAGCGCCACUUGUCAGAAAUUCAGGGUAACCUCAAGGUUUUGACAGCUGAGAGAGAUAAAUUUGUCAAUCUUUAUGAUCAGGCACAAGAAGAAAUAUCUAGACUUCGGCGAGAAGUCAUGAAAUCCCCCAAGACUUGUAAAAUUACCAUGACAGCUCAAGCUAUCUUAAGACGUCUGGAGACAGAAAGGGAUACAGCUCUUUCUGACUUCCGAAGGAUGACCACAGAACGUGAUAGUCUCAGGGAGAGGAUAAAGAUUGCCCAGGAGACUGCUUUUAAUGAGAAGGCUCACCUGGAGCAGAGAAUUGAGGAGCUAGAAACAACAGUUCAAAAGCUUGACAGCGAACGUUUGGAACACACGUCCAAGAUGGCACUGAUGAAAGAUACCAUAGAUUCUGUAGAAAUGGAGAUGAAAAUAUUGACAAGAAGGGCACUGGAUGCAGAAAGUGAGCUCAGUAGACAAAAAGCAGAAUGUGCUUCACUCAGCUUAUUGAAUGAAAAGACAGAACAAAGCCUUUCAGAGACUCAGCAACACCUUGCUAAGAAAAAAUAUGAAUUACAGCUUACUCAGGAAAAAAUUAUGCGUUUGGAGGAAAAAAAUGAUAACUAUUCCAAACAAAAUGUCGCUAAACAAGAUGAAAUCUACAUUCUCAAAGAAACUAUUGCACAGUUGGAUAGAGAAAAGGACUCCUUGCAAGACUUUAUAGAGGAAAAAUCAGAGAAAAUUGCUGCCUUUGAAAAGACCUUAGCAAUUAAAGAAAAGACCAUUUUAAGUUUGAAGGAUAUCAUUUCUGAGGUGGAGCAUUCAUCAAAACAGUCUGCUGAAAGUCUUUGUGCCUAUAAGGAAGAUAUCACCAGGCUGCGUCAGCAACUAGAUGGAGCCAAUCAUAAUCUUGCUCAGACUAACAGAGACAGAGAAUCCUUAGCUAAAGAGAAUGACAGAUUGCAGGAUCAGCUUUAUAAUAUUAAGCAAGAAAAUCAGAUACUCCACCAGAAACUUGUGAAGUAUGAGAAUGAAUUUGAUGAUAUGAAGUUGGAAGUCCAGGAUUCAAGUGCAACUAUUGCCAAACUGAAAACCACGCUGAAUUCUAAGGAGAGAGAAAACCAUGAAAUUUUGCAGAGGUACCACAGAGCCAGUGAACAGGCAGAAAGCUGGGAAACUAAAUUCCUCCAAGCAGAGGCAGACUAUAAUUCUGUUAAACAGGCACUCCUUACUGCAGAGUCUGAGUGUCACAGGACAAGAGAGAGAAUAGAAUCCCUUGAUAUAGAGAUGGAGCAACAUUUAGCAACAGAAAAAGCCUACAAGUCACAGAUUUCUACCUUAAGCAAGUCUCUUGUAAAAAUGGAAGAGGAACUUCAGAAUAUACAGCUGGAGAAAGUUUCUGUGCUUGCAGAUCUUGCAUCUGCCCGAGAAGUUUGCAUUAAAUUAGACUCUAGCAAAGAGCUAUUAAAUCGGCAACUAACCUCUGCAACACAGGAAGUGGAAAGGCUGCGAAAUGAAUGGGAAUCAUCUCGCUCUGAAACAGAUCUCCUUAGAAAACAGCUGGCAAAUGAAAGAAUCUCUAUGAAAAACCUGGAGUCUUUGCUGAUAUCCAAUCGAGAAAAAGAAUUUCAGGCACAGAUAGUAAAACAAGAAAAGGAGUCUGAGAUUCAGCUUCUUACAGAGCAGCUUUCUCUAGCUGAAAAUAAACUUGCUAUGCAAAGUCGAGAUUUUGCCCAGCUCAGAAAUACAACAACUCAGUUAGAGUCUGAUCUAGAUAUCACCAAAAGACAGCUGGGGACAGAGCGCUUUGAAAGGCAAGUGGAACGUGCUGUACAAGAACUUCGCCGCCAAAAUCUUACUUCUACUUACCAGUUAAAUUCUACAUUAAGGACAUCCUCACCUGAACACCCACUCCAUAGGUGUCCUGAUUGGACCCUGGACCAGUCCUUGGAAGGGAAUUCUACAUUCAGAGACUUCUAAGGUUAUUCAAGAUGGCAUGUGAAAAGAUUCCACUCAUCCUCUAAAAAGAUGGAAGUUUCAAAUUUAAUCAGGGUCUAUUAAACAUUUUCCCCUACUGAAUACUAAUUGAUGUCAAAAUGCACUUGAAAUUCUUUUAUUUUGUUCAAUGGGAAGAAAUUAGGUAAUCUUUUAUUAUUUUGUGCUAUAUCACAAAGACACUUUGCAGGAAACAGAAGAAGAAAGACUUGCAACUGAAACUGUUCAUUGACAGAUAUUGCAAGGGAAAUGUGUGUUUGUUCCAAUAUUAAAAAUAUGCUGGUGUAGUAGAGAAAAUGAGGAAGAAUGUAACAAUAUGAAACUUUUUAAAAGAAAAAAUUGCAUAUAUUUUCCAGUUACAAACACUUGUUGCAAGUCUGUUGUAUUUUUGCUGAGAUGAAUGUUUAUACUUGAGAGGAUGUACCAACCUUCUCUUUUGGGGGCAACAGAAAAUUGGGGAUCCAAUUUUACUCUUGGUUGAAGUCUAUGGAAUUACACUACCAUAAAACUAGGGUGUGUGAAAGAAGAAUUAGGCCCCAAGUUCCUAUUAUGAUCUCCUUAAUUUUGUGUUUUUUCACCUAUGUCAGAAUUGUACAUUAAGUAUUGCUAUAGUUUUAUGCAAUGCCACAGGAACAGCACUUUGGUAAUAAUUCUGAAUUAUCUGUGUUCAGGCAUUAGGCACCAGUACCUCGAAUUUCUCCUAGAGCUAAAUUAAUAUUCAUACCAAUCCAAAAUUUCUUCUUUUAGCGAUUAUCUGCACAGACUAUACAUACAGCCCAUGCUUGUAAAAUGGGAUUCUUUAAUCUGCAGUGGAGACACAAGUGGGGGACCUACAUGUCCUCAUACUACCCAGUCCUGGAGGCAUAAAAAGUGGACAGGCCUAAUAGUCUCUGCUUAUUUGUACUUCCAGCCAGAAAGAAUCUCCAGUGUCUGUCUGCUACCCAUAGGUCUCAGUUUUAUUUAGAAAAUAUUUUAAAAAAUGUAACAACUAACCAACCUGUUGGCAACAUUUAUCAAAAAGAUUAUUUUUGUUAAAUAAUUUGUUAUGAAGCAAAAUCUCCAGGUUUUAAAACCAGUUCUGUUUGUGAGAUGGCUGAUAAGCACAUUAAAUAUGUCUUUUUGCCUAGGGAAGUCAGUAUUCCAGACAAAUGUUCAACAUGGAAUCGUUUCCAAAAUGCAUUCAUAAAACACAAGAUGCUUACUUGAGGUUAUUUUUGUUGGAGCAGUCAGUGAAGAGUGUGUUAAAUUCUGUAAGCCCCAAGUUAUACUCAGCUAGUGCUCCAGUAAAGUGGGAUGUUACUGUUGGAAGUCAGUUUUUAUCAGUUACCAAAAGACUUCACACUUCAUCUUAAAGUACUGAGACUAUAGUACUGACUGCUCUGCAUUGUAAUGCUUCAGUAUGGUAUUAAGCCAAAAAAAUUGCUAUAUUUAUUAAGUAAAGAAACCAUUCUGCUCUGCUGGGGUCUUACAGCUUAUAUGUUUCUUAGUUUGAAUAAAUGCUGAUACUGAAUGCCAUAAGUUAUUAAAUUACAUUUUGAAUUAAAAAAGCCAUUUAUGGAAAU